CAGACAGCCGAAGACCAGACGAGGCAGUCGAAUCGCUCGCAGGUUUAUGAUCUGAGUUAAAGACGUCCAAGAAACUGUCCAAGACGUCCAGAGGCAGAAAAGCUGGCAAAGAGUAGAAUAAGUAGCGACGACAUUCAGAGAGAUACAAGGAAGCACAGUUCUUAGAGCUGAGAGUCAGACCAGGACAUGGAGAGAGAACCACAUAUCGAAGAGGUGAGCGGCGUGGAGGAAGAGGAGGCCUCAGCUGCUCCGGAGUUGGAUGAAGAGAUGGAAAAAGUUGUGGAAGGAGAGAAAGAAGAAACUUUGGAGGAGACGACUGUGACCACGACUGUUUACACCACUACAAGACGGACGGGUGUGGAGGAGGAAGCUGAACCGACAGAGGAGGAUGAGGAGCUAAAAACGGAGGAAGAUGAUGAUGAAGAGACGGAGGGAGGAGAUGAAGAGGGUGAUGGGGAUGAGGAGACCAAAGCUAAGAGGCUGCUGGAAGCCUGGAAGUCGGAGGCCUCCUCUGAUGCAAAGCCUCCACUACCAGACCCGGCAUUUAACAGGAGAUGCAGUUUGCUCGCCAGCGAUGUCAAAUAUAAGGAGGACUUUGCGAAAAUGAAGGGUCAGAGUCUGUUUGUUCCUGGAGCUGAACUCAUCCACUCCAAGAACAUCAGCGCUGUCAUAUCUGAGUCCAAGUACAAGGAGGACGGGAAGAAGGAGGCGUCGAUUUCUUUGUACUCCAUCCUGCCUGAGACUCCGGAGACUCAACGGGCCAGAGAGGCUUCAGAGCUGCAGAGUGACGUUAAAUAUAAAGGAAACGUGAAGAUGGAGAUUUCAUCCUCACUUUAUUCUCUGCUGCCUGAAACCACGGAGACACAGUUUGUCAAAGAGCUGACGGAGAUACUGAGUGAGAACAAGUACAAGGAGGAAGGAAAGAAGGAGAUGAGCAGCAGUUUAUACUCUACCCUUCCUGAAACCUCUGAGAUGCAGCUGGCCAAGAGCGUCCACGAGUUCCAGAGCGAGAAAAAGUACAAAGAAGACGGGAGGAGAAAGACGUCCAUCUCGCUGUACUCGCAGCUUCCAGACACUCCAGAAAUACAACACGCUCUGGAGGUGUCGCAGCUGCAGAGCGAGAUGAAUUAUCGACCAAAGAUGCUGGUUAAAGGCGCUCCGACGUCUCUUUACUCUCAGCUUCCCGACACCACCGAGAUCCAGUUUGCCAGAGAGAUGACCGAGCUGCACAGUGAGAGUAAAUACAAGGAGGGCAGCAGGAAGAGUCUCUCUCAGAGCUUCUACUCUCAGCUCCCAGAAACCGCCCAGACCCAGUUUGCUAGAAGCGUGGCCGAGCUGCAGAGCGAGAUGCGGUACAAAGAGUCGGGUAAGAAAGGCAUGAACUCCUGUCUGUACUCUCUGCUCCCGGAAACCUUGGAGACGGCUCACGCCAAGGAGGUCUCAGAGCUGCUCAGCGAGGUGAAGUAUAAAGAGGAAGGUAAGAAGGAGAUGAACAUCAACCUUUACUCUCUGCUGCCGGAAACCGUCCACACCCAACACGCUAAAGAGGUGUCCAACCUGCAGAGUGAGUUGAAGUAUAAAGAAGGCCUGAAGCAGAAGAUCCAGAGCAGUUUGUAUCAUCAGCUGGCAGAAACCACAGAGACACAGCUGGCCAAACAGCUGUCUGAGCUGCAGAGUGAGACGAAGUACAAAGAAGCUGGGAGGAAGGAGGUGAACAGCUGCCUUUACUCUCUGCUGCCGGAAACUCUGGAGACGCAACAUGCUAAAGAAACCAGCGAGCUGCUCAGUGAGGUCAAGUACAAGGAGGGCAGCAGGAAAGAGAUGUCCAGCUCGCUGUACUCCACUCUGCCCAACACCACAGAAACCAGCUUCGUCAGAGAGAUGAGCGACAUGCAGAGUGAGAAUAAAUACAAAGAAAACGGGAUGAAGAGUCUUUCUCAGAGUAUCUACAGUCAGCUGCCAGAAACCACUGAGAUGCAGUUUGCUAAAAACGUCGCCGAGCUGCAGAGCGAGAUGAAGUACAAAAAGGGGAAGAAGGACGUGUCCAGCUCUCUGUACUCGACUCUGCCUGAAACUCUGGAGACGCUGCACGCUAAAGAGGCUUCAGAGCUGCAGAGCGAGCUGAAGUACCGCUCGGCCCUGAAGUCUGGACUUUCCUCCAGUUUGUUCCACCGGCUGCCAGAGACCAUCGACACCGUCCACGCUAAGGAAGUCUCUGAGCUGCUCAGCGAGGUGAAGUAUAAAGAAGACGGUAAGAAGGAGCUGAACGUCAACCUUUACUCUCUGCUGCCGGAAACCUUCGACACUCGACACGCCAGAGAGGCUUCAGAGCUGCAGAGUGAGGUGAAGUAUAAAGAAGGUCUGAAGCAGAAGAUCCACAGCAGUUUGUUCCAUCAGCUGGCAGAAACCACAGAGACACAGCUGGCCAAACAGCUGUCUGAGCUGCAGAGCGAGAGCAAGUACAAGGAGGCGGGUAAGAAAGACGUGAGCAGCUGCCUUUACUCCGUCCUGCCUCAAACUAUGGAGACGCAACACGCUAAAGAAGCUGCAGAGCUGCUCAGUCAGAUCAAGUACAAGGAAGGCGGUAAGAAGGAGAUGUCCAGCUCGCUGUACGCCGCUCUGCCUGACACCUCGGAAACCAGCUUCGCCAGAGAGAUGAGCGACAUGCAGAGUGAGAACAAGUACAAGGAGGGCGGCAGGAGGAAUCUGUCGCAGAGUUUUUACUCUCAGCUGCCAGAAACCACCGAGACUCAGUUCGCUAAAACAGUUUCUGAGCUGCAGAGUGAGAUGAAGUACAAAGAAGCAGGAAAGAAAGCAGCGAUGAACUCUCUGUACUCGACUCUUCCUGAGACUCUGGAGACUCAACACGCUAAAGAGGCUUCAGAGCGGCAGAGUCAGCUCAAGUACAAGAGUUGGAAGAGCGACGCCUCCAGUUUUUACCACCUGAUGCCAGAAACCAUCGACACCCAGUUCGCCCGACAGCAGACGGAGAUGCUCAGCGAGGUCAAGUACAAAGAAGACGGCAGGAAGGAGCUGAGCGUGAACCUGUACUCGGCUCUGGCCGACACCCUGGACACCCAGCACGCUAAAGAGCUGACAGAGAUGCAGAGCGAGGCGAAAUACAAAGAGGCCAGUAAGAAGCAGAAAUCCUCGUCUUUGUACCACCGACUGCCUGAAACUCUGGAGACUCAACACACUAAAGAGGCUUCACAGCUGCAGAGUCAGAUUUUGUACAAAGAGGCGGUGAAGAAGGAUUUGUCAUGUCCAGUUUACCACCAGCUACCAGAAACGUUGGAAACCCAGUUUGCUCGAGAGGUCGGCAGCAUGCAGAGUCAAAACAAGUACAAGGAGGACGGCAUGAAGAGCCUCUCUCAGAGCUUCUACUCUCAGCUGCCAGAAACGGCUGAAACUAAGUUUGCUAAAAGUGUGUCUGAGCUGCAGAGUGAGACCAACUAUAAGAAGUCCCGGAGGCAGGAGGCCGGCAGCUGUUUGUACUCCGUGAUGGCAGAAACUCUGGAAACUCAACACGCCAAGGAGGUGUCACAGAUCCAGAGCCAGGUGAAGUACAAGGAGGACGUCCAGAAGGAGCUUUCGUCCACAUUGUUCUCCAGCCUUCCUCAGACUCUGCAGACAGAACUGGCCAAAGAGGUGACGGAGCUCCAGAGUCAGGUCAAGUAUAAGGAAGCCGGUAAAAACGAGGCGCCUCUUUACCGCCUCCUGCCUGAAACAGCAGAGAUGCAUUUUGCCAAACAGAUGUCGGAGAUCCAGAGCGAGUCAAAGUACAAGAAAGACAAAGAGGAUCUUCCCAACACUCUGUACUCGCUGCUGCCUGAAACUCUGGAGACUCAGUUUAUCAAAGAAAUGUCCGAGACCCACAGCGAGGUGAAAUAUAAGCAGCAAACGGUGCCGUCUCUCUACUCGAAGCUUCCAGAAACUCUGGAGACCAAACACGCCAAAGAAGCCACUCGACUGCAGAGUGAAAAACAGUACAGCGAUGAAGGGAGGAAGAAGAUGACGUCGUCUUUGUACUCUCAGCUUCCUGAAACUGCAGAAACCCAGUUUGCUCGAGAGCUGACAGAAAUCCAGAGCGAGACCAGAUAUAAAGAAGGAGGGAAGAAGCUCCAGACGGUCAGCAUUUACUCUCAGCUGCCUCAGACCAACCAGACCGAGUUCUCCAGAGCUCUGUCUGAAAUACAGAGUGAGCACAAAUACAAAGAAGCGAGCAGAAAGGAAGCGUCCAGCUCGUUGUACUCCAAGCUGCCGGAGACUCUGGAGACUCAACACGCUAAAGAAGCCUCAGAGCUGCAGAGUCAGGUGAAAUACAAACAGGAGACCAGCGGCUCGUUGUACCAUCAGCUUCCUGUUACCACGGAGACACAGCUGGCUAAAGAGCUGAGGAACAUCUGCAGCGAGGUGAAGUAUAAAGAGGACGGCAGGAAGGAGACCAGCAGGAACUUGUACUCGCUGCUUCCAGAGACAGCAGAAACUCAGUUCGCCAAGCAGAUGUCAGAAAUCCAGAGCCAGUCAAAGUACAAGAAGGACAAAGAGGAUCUUCCCAACUCUCUGUACUCGCUGCUGCCUGAAACUCUGGAGACUCAGUUUGUUAAAGAAAUGGCCGAGACGCACAGUGAGGUGAAGUACAAGGAGGCGGGGAAGAAAGAGGCCAGCAGCUCUUUGUAUCACUGUCUGCCUGAGACUCUGGAGACGCAGCGCAUUAAAGAGGUUUCUGAGCUGCAGAGCGAGAACAAGUACAAGCAGAGCGGGAGGAAGUCGAUGUCGUCCAGUCUGUACGCUCAGCUGCCGCAGACGGCCGAGACGCAGCUCGCCGCCAAGAUGUCCGACCUGCAGAGCGAGAGCAAAUACAAGGAGGACGGCAUCCGGAGCCUCGGCCAGAGUUUCUACUCUCAACUCGCUGAAACCGCAGAGACUCAGUUCGUCAGAAACGUCUCUGAGCUGCAGAGUGAGGCCAAGUACAAGGAGGCGAGCAGGAAGGAGGCCAGCAGCAGUUUGUACCAUCAACUGCCUGAAACUCUGGAGACUCAACAUGCUAAAGAGGCUUCAGAGCUCCAAAGUCAGGUGAAGUACCAGGAAGGUAAGAAGGACCUGAGCAGCAACCUGUACUCUCUGCUGCCUGAGACCGAGGAGACCAAGUUCGCUAAAGCCGUCAUGGAGCUCCAAAGUGAGAAUAAAUACAAGCAGAAAGGCCGACUGGAGAUCAGCAGCAGCGUCUUCCACCAGAUGAAGGAAACCAAAGAGAUGGAGUUCGUUAAGCAGAUCUCAGAGCUGCACAGUGAGUCAAAGUACAAGAAGGACAAAGAGGAUCUUCCCAACUCUCUGUACUCGCUGCUGCCUGAAACUCUGGAGACUCAGUUUGUUAAAGAAAUGGCCGAGACGCACAGCAAGAGUAAAUACAAGGAGGCCGGUAAGAAGGACCUGGUUAAAAGUCUGUAUUCUGUGCUGCCGGAGACCAAAGAGACCCAACAUGCUAAAGAGCAAAGCCAGCUGUGCAGCGAGAAGUCUUACAGGGAGGAGGGCAGGAAGGAGGCCGGCUGCAGUUUGUACGCUCAGAUGCCUCAAACCAUCGAGACCGUCUUCGCUAAGGAGCUGACCAAGACGCAGAGCGACAAAUUCUACAAGGAGAAGUUCAACCGGGAGAAGGGGAAGUCGAGCUACAGCAACAUGAAGACGCUGCCGGAGGUGGAACAUGCCAUGGAGGUCACCAGGAACCAGAGCGAAGUCAGCUACAGAAAAGGUAAAGAGGAGCUUCAUCACUACAACACGGCACCGGAUAGACCGGACAUCGUGAACGCCACCAACGCUGCCAAACUGGCCAGCGACGUGGCCUAUAAGAGUAACACAAAGCAGCCUGUUUACAGCGACGGAUCUCUUCUGGACAGAACCGACAUCCAGCACGCCAAAGAGGUUUCCAAACUGGCCAGCCAGGUGAAGUAUAAAGAGAGCUUCGACAGAAAUCUAAAGGGUCAGAAACCUCGUUACAACCCGCUGGACUGUCUUUCCUUCAAACACACCCAAGCUGCUGCAGCUCUGGCCAGUCAGGUGAAGUAUAAAACCAACCAGAAACCAGAAGGUUCUACAGAUCUGCCCAACCUGCUGCAGCUGGAACACGUUCUACACGCCAGCAAGCUCCAGAGCAACGUGGAGUAUAAGAAGAAGUACGAGCAGACCAAGGCUCAGUACCACAUCGCUCUGGACACGGCCGAACAGCUCCACCACAAGGAGAAUGCAGCGCUGCACAGCCAGGUGAAAUACAGGGAGGAGUACGAGAGGAACAAGGGCCGCUCUCAGAUGGAGUUUGCCGACACCCAGACGUACAAAGUUUCUAAAGAAGCUCAGAAGAUGCAAAGUGAGAAGGAGUAUCGGAGGGACUUUGAGCAACAGAUGAAGGGAAAAGCUCUGCUGGAUGUGGACCAAACUCCUGGAUAUCUAACGGCUCGACAUGCCGGCAGCCUGAUCAGCGAGAAGCAGUACAGGAAGGACCUGGAGCAGCAGGUGAAGGGGCGGGGCUUAUCUGGCGUGGGGCUGGAGGAGACACCUGAGCUGCUGAGGGUCAGAAAAGCCAAUCAGAUCCUGAACCAGAAGGAAUACCGCCGCGACCUGGAGAGGGACGUGGUUGGAAAAGGGAUGGAGCUGAGCGCCGACGUCCUGGAGAUCCAGAGAGCCAAGAGAGCCUCAGAGAUCCAGAGCCAGAGGUCCUACAGACAGACGGAGCAGCUGAGAGAAAACUCGUACGGGACGCUGACCGACACUCCAGAGCUGCUGCAUGCCUCCUACCUCAAAGACGUCUACAGCCAGAAGAAGUAUAAGGACGAGGCGGAGCGUCUGAAGGGAAGCUACCGUCUGGUUUCAGAGACUCCAGAGAUGGAGAGAGUCCGAGCCAACCAGAGACACAUCAGUUCUCUGCGCUACUGCUGGGACUCCAAGCUGAUGAAGGGACUCAUGUCUUCGGUAACGGAGACGCCAGAGAUCGUCCUUGCCAGAGAAAACGCCAAGAAGAUCAGCGACGUUCAGUACAGGGAGGAAGUGGGUCGAGGCACCGCCGUCAUGGACACACCGGAGCUGGAACGAGUCCGACGGAACCAGGAGAACAUCAGCGCAGUCAAGUACAAGCAGAGUACUGUAAAGUCCAGCAGCCUCGGAGUGACUCCAGAACUGGAGAGAGUUCGACAAAACCAGGACAACAUCAGCUCGGUGAAGUACCGGCGCGGCCUGCAGGAGCUGAGGGGGCGGAGCUGCACCGAGCUGGAUACACCUGAGUACAGGCGUGUCAGGAAGUCGCAGGACUCGGUCUCCAUGGCCAAGUACCACGAGGACUUUGAGCGAGCUCGCGGCCGAGGCUUUACGCCAGGAUUGGACGACCCCAGCAUGGAGCGCUACCAGAGGGCCAAUCAGAUGAUGGGGGAGGCGGCCUACAGCAAAGGGAUCCACCCCCAGGCCAUGGAGAUGGACCGACGGCCAGGAGGCAUCAUCGUAGACCUGAAGGUGUGGAGGACAGAUCCAGGCUCCAUCUUUGACUUUGACCCUCUUGAGGACAACAUUCAGUCCAAGAGUCUGCGCAGGAUGUCUGAGCGAGCCGACCGCCAGCUGAGCAGGCAGCAGUCGCAGCAGUCCGUCAGCUCGCUGACCUCCGACCUCUGGGAUCGCAGCAGCGCAGAAACCCCCGCUCCUGUCCUCCCUGGAGCGUACCAUCAGGGUGUCCAGAUGCAGCAGCAGCAGCAGUAUCACGGCUACAUGCACCAGACCAGCAUGUCGUCCGUCAGAUCUGUCACCUCACCGCCACACUCAGCCACCAUGCGGGUUUACCGGGCGCUGUACGACUACGCGGCUCAGGAUCACGACGAGGUCUCGUUCAGGGACGGCGACGUCAUCAUCAACGCUCAGCCGAUCGACGAGGGCUGGAUGUACGGCACCGUGCAGAGGACCGGCAAGUCCGGGAUGCUGCCGGCAAACUACGUGGAGUGUUGCAACUAAAGCAGCAAGAGAGAAGAAGAAGAAGUAUACAGGAAAACAUCCACCCGCAGUGUUACAGCAGCAGAUGUUGGUGAUGUUCUUUGCAUUUCAGGGUUCAUUCAUGUAUUUGAGGUUUUCUCUGCCACUGGAAAACUGGAAAUAUGCAGAUAAGAUUCAGUGGCACAAGAAGUUUUAUUCGUGAAUUAUAAAGAGCUCAUGUUCUGCACAGUUACAGGUUUAUGAUCAUAUUUUUGGGAUCAGUGAGAAUAUCUUUACGUGCUUUAAUGUUAAAAAACACACAUUGUUCCUCUCAUUCUGUACAUUACUAAAGCACAACUUCUGUCUGAAAUGCUCCGUUUUAAUUUCCGUUCUUCUCUGAUUGGUCAGCUGCAUGAGGAAGUUGUAAAUGUUGGUUAGACCAAGCACAAAGAGACACAAAAUGACCACAAAGAGACACAAAAUGACCACAAAGAGAUGCAAAAUGACCACAAAGCGAUGCAAAAUGACCACAGAAACACACAAAAAGACCACAAAGAGACGCAAAGCAAACACAAAGAGAUGCAAAACGACCACAAAGAGACGCAAAAUGACCACAAAGAGACACAAAAUGACCACAAAAAACACAAAAAGACCAUGAAGAGACAAAAUGACCACAAAGAGACACAAACAGGUUUAAUGCAAAUAUGCAACAUGGUGAUGUAGGUAAGUUACGGACGAUAAACCUGGACUUAAAACGAAGCAUUUCAUUCUUCUAAGGAGCUCCUUUGUUGGACUUUCUAAGUUUUCAGACCUUCUACAUGCACAGAAAAGCAGCUACACGAAGGAAAGUUGAAAAAUCCCCGCGCAAAAAAAAAGCAGAAUAUGGGCUCUUUAAAAGCAGAAAAUGAUGUCAAAUGUUUUAACAGUUAAUAUUAAUUUCUGGCAACAAUCCCAUGCAGAAAAAUCCACCAGAAAGGAGAGAGAAAUGCAUGUAGAGGGAAGGCUGUGGUUUGAUUAGAGGCAUUUUAACUUCUAACAGACAGGCUUGUUUCUUCUUCUUUUGCUGAUGCUGAAAGGCAUUUUUCCAUGUAAUUCUUCACCACAAAAUAAGAACUGGAAUGCACUGAACAUCACAGGCCGGUGGUAUCAGGUCAUGACUGAUCUGAGGGAGAUUUUCUUACCUAAAGGUGGAUGUGAAGGAGAGGAGAGCCGGAUAAAGAGAGAAAACAAGCAUGCUGUUGAUAACUUAGAACAAAAUUUACAGCUAGAGGAGGGACGGGUGCAUGAAGAAAGAAGGAAGUCAUGAAAAAUAGGAAUUAAACAUACAGUAAAGUGAAAGCAAAAUAGAAACUUUGGAAAAGUUAUUUUUCUUACAACAGCUUCCAUGAAAAAAACAUUUAACAGGUAUUUUCCAUGUAUGUUUAUUCCCCUGAGCUCUAGAAAGUUUUAACCCUCGUGUCGUCCUACUGGUCAAAAUUGACCCGUUUUAAAGUUUGAAAAUGUGGAGAAAAAAAAUCUAUUUUACAGUGAAACUUCUGAUGUCCACAUUUUCAACAUUUUUGGGAAAUUUUUGAACAUUUUUUGAUGGGGAAAAAAAGAAAUGUUAAAAAUGUAUUUUAAGAACAUUCACACAAAAAAUCAACCAAAAUCCAGCAAAUUUCACUGGAUUUUGGUUGAUUUUUAUGUGGAUGUUCUUAAAGAAAAUAUUAGAAGUUUUACUGAUAUAUAUGGAAUCACUUUAGCUAUUUUUAGGAUUUUUUUGGAAGAUUUUUGCUCAUUUUUUGAAAAUAUUUACAAGAUUUUUCUUGCCAAAUUUGGGGGAUUUUUUUGCUGAAUUUUUGGAUUUUUUUCAGACAAGGAAACAAUAUUUUUUGGUGCCCGUAAAUGAGGACAACGGGAGGGUUAAAAACACAUGCUGCCGUCACAAAUCCUCUCUAGAGCACCACAUGUGGAUGCUGUUUUAUAAAUGCAGACCCAAUGGCAGGAACUCAGUGCAGCGUGAUUAUGUUCUCUGGAUGUUCUCCUGCUGGAAUGUUCCUCGUCUUCAAGCUCUGCAGACUGAGAGUCGUCUUGUCUGACAGUAUUUUGGUUCAUCCACAGAUAUUCAUGGUUCAUCUAUAAAUGUCAUCUCCCCUUGCAGCCUCAUGCAGCCCUAAAUCAUCACACUCCCGCAUCCAGCUUCACUGUCAGGAGUAUGUAUUCACUGUGGUAUUUCUAGACACAUAAAGACCACAGAGACACACAAACGGACCGGAAAGAGACAAAAAAUUACCGCAAAACAUGAGUAAUUACCAUAAAGAGAUGCAAAAUGACCAGAAAGAGACAAAAAAUGACCACAAAGCACGAAAAAUGACUGCAAAGAGACACAAAAUAACCACAAAGUUACACAACAUGCCUUCAUGCUUCACUGUCAGGAGCAUGCAUUGUAUUUCCAUCCAUGUUUACACCAAAAUGCUGAUCUCAUCUGGCUAAAGAAUGCACUCCCAACAUCCAUCAGGCUCCUUUUCAUGUUCUUCAGCAAAGGUUUGCACCAUACAGAUAGCAAAGGUGUUUUUUUUGUCAUAUGUCAUAGAGGUUGAUGUCCUGAAGCAGCUGUUUUUACAGCUGGAUGGUGGAAGUAGUUCACUGUCUGGAGUCAUUUUAGGAGGAGCAGCAAUGAUUAGUGGAACUAUGACUCCUCUAGACCUCCUGAUUAAUGCCGACACUGGGUUUUAGUUGAUCUUCCUGGAGCCUUUCCCAUCUUUGUGAGGUCUUAUAAUCAGAUUUUUCAGUUCCAUUUCUUUUCCAUGUGGAGCCACGAUGAAGACAUGAAGAUAGAAACAGCCCACAGGUUUAAAAUGGAGAAAGUUCUGCUGUUCUCAACUCAGUUUAGAACCAUGUUCACGCAGUGGAUUCAUUUUUUUUGCACUGUCUACUUUGGGGCCUAAAUCUUUAGUCUUUCUGAAGUGUUGUUUUUGGUUGUUAAUUUAGAAAUAAUACACUUAAGAGCUUGAUUUUGGUCUUUUUUUCAUGGGAUUUGUUGACAAUAAGAAACCUGCAGAACAUGACGUGCUUUCUGCCUCUAGGAGACGAGCUGCAGAAUGAGGAGGAAAUAGGAAAAUUCUGUUUCUUCUUGGAACUGAUACAACCAAAGGAAGGACGAGUGGAGGAAUAAAAGACAAUAACGAGCUAACAGAUCUCUGGAGUUUAAUCAUUUAUUUAUCCUGAGUUUUAAUCCAUGUUCAGGUUGAGUGUUGUUUAGUUUUCUGAACGACAGGAAGACCACAGCUUCAGUUUUAAACAGCAGCACUAACCUCCGUGUUUGUGAAGGACUUCUACUAAUGCACUGUGUUUUUCUGUUCCUCGUAUCAAGUGUGUCCUUUAUUUUUGAUUUUUUUUUUUCGCUAUGAAUAAAAAAGUUGUGUGCUGUCCAGAAUACUUAACCUUCCUGUCGUCCUGUGGGUCCAAAUUGACCCGUUUUAAAGUUUGAAAAUGUGGGGGAAAAAUCUAUUUUCACAGUGAAACUUCCGAUGUCCACAUUUUCAACAUUUUUGAGAAAUCUUUGAACAUUUUUUGAUGGGGAAAAAAAAUGUUAAAAAUGUUUCUUAAGAACAUUCACAAAACAAUCAACCAAAAUCCAGAGAAUUUCACUGGAUUUUGGUUGAUUUUUAUGUGAAUGUUCUUAAAGAAAAUAUUAGAAGUUUUACUGAUAUAUAUGGAAUCACUUUAGAUAUUUUUAGGAUUUUUUUUGGAAGAUUUUUACUCAUUUAUUUGAAAAUAUUUACAAGAAUUUUCUUCCUGAAGGUUUUGCAAAUUUUCAGACAUUUUUUUGCUGAAUUUUUGAAUUUUUUUUCAGACUCAGAAACAAUAUUUGGGGCUGCACAGUGGUGUAGUGGUUAGCACUUUCACCUUGCAGCUAGAAGAUCCCUGGUUCGCGUCCCGGCUUUCCCGGGAUCUUUCUGCAUGGAGUUUGCAUGUUCUCCCUGUGCAUGUGUGGGUUUUCUCCGGGUACUCCGGCUUCCUCCCACAGUCCAAAAAUAUGCUGAGGUUAAUUGAUGAUUCUAAAUUGCCCGUAGGUGUGAAUGUGAGAGUGAUUGUUUGUCUUUGUAUGUAGCCCUGUGACAGACUGGUGACCUGUCUAGGGUGUCCCCUGCCUUCACCUGAGUCAGCUGGGAUAGACUCCAGCCCCCCCAUGACCCUAGUGAGGAUUAAGUAGUGUCUAGAUAAUGGAUGGAUGGAUGGAAACAGUAUUUUUUGGUGCCCAUAAAUGAAGACAACAGGAGGGUUAACCAUCAGUGAGCAGAAAGCCUGGACUGAAUCCUGAACAGACUGUGUGAGAACGUGAGAUUUCUGUGACACUAUUUUGAUACUCGGGCUCCCGUCUGUGUUUUUUGGGAAGAUUUAUUUUCCUCUUUUGCUCGUCUGUACCCAGUAAGUUGUGUUUUUAGGGUUUGUGGUCUUGCCGUGUGGAUUGCAUCCCGGUCAUGUACUGAAUAAAACCUUCACUCAGCCAUGAUUUGUCAUUUAGCUGCAGAGCAUUUUGUAUUUUGUAUGUGUGAUUUCAUGAAUACUAGAUGCAAUAGAAUUUAUUUACUCAAUAUUCACGUGUUGAUUUUGGAAAAUUUAUAAAUCCUUUUUUUGUUCACGCAUUGAGGAUUUUUUUUGCUUCUAAUGUCACCCCUGUAAAGUUUUUUGUUUUUUCAUAUGUAGUCUGUAUGUUUUCACAGGUUAUACUAAAUUUAUUUACACAUUGAAAUUAUAUCAAUCAGUUCUGUUACUUUGCCAUAUGAUAAUUGCAGUGUGUUACAUGUGAGACAAAUAAAAACAAAUCAGCUGUU